UCCCGGCUCUUCCCAGGCUGGAGGAAGGCCACAAGCCUUGAGCUCAUUGGCUGACGGUAGGGGGCGGACUGCCAGAGCCUUCCUUUGAUUGGCUAGUUUCUCUUAGCGGAAAGCCAAUCGUUGCGGGCAGGCGGUGAGGGAGUGGCCAGGCUCGGCGUACAGGCCCCGCCCCGAGUCCCGCUGCCCACCCAAGCCAGGCGCUCUCGAUUGGCGGAGCAUGGCCCAGGAGGAAGCUGGGAGCCUGCCCGAGGUGCUGGCACGUGUAGGGGCCGCUCAUGGCAUCCCCGACGUGGCCCAGAAGCUCCACUUCUAUGACCGCUGGGCUCCGGAUUACGACCAGGACGUGGCCACCCUGCAGUACCGCGCCCCCCGCCUUGCAGUGGACUGCCUCACACAAGCCUUUCCAGGCCCACCCCACAGUGCCCUGAUCCUGGACGUGGCCUGUGGCACAGGCCUAGUGGCUGCCGAGCUACAGGCCCGGGGCUUCCUCCAGCUGCACGGGGUGGAUGGGAGCCCAGAGAUGCUGAAACGGGCCCGGGCCCGUGGCCUCUAUCAGCACCUCAGCCUCUGCACCCUGGGCCAGGAGCCUCUGCCCAGCCCCGAAGGAACCUUCGACGCGGUGCUGAUAGUUGGUGCUCUCAGUGAUGGCCAGGUGCCCUGCAGUGCGAUACCUGAGCUCCUACGUGUCACCAAGCCAGGUGGGCUGGUGUGUCUGACCACCAGGACCAACUCGUCUAAUCUUCAGUACAAGGAGGCUCUGGAGGCCACCCUGGACAGCUUGGAGCAGGCUGGGGUGUGGGAGCGCCUAGUGGCCCUGCCGUGGAACACUGGGAGCUGGCUACCUCCGAGCUGGAGGUGGUACCCGGCACCUCUGCCAAAGAUGGCUUCAUCUCCGGCAUCAUCUACCUGUACCAAAAGCAGAAAUCGACCCAGGUUGAGGAAGUGAGAUCCAGCCCACAGCCCCCAGCUGUCCCCUGAUUCUAUGUGGCCUUAGCUGGGCCCUUCUGCUGGGCCUCCUCUGCCUCCCUUGUAAAAUGAGACCGCCAAACCAACCCUGCCCCUCAGAAAUGCCCUGCUGGCCGGGCGCAGUGGCUCACACCUGUAAUCCCAGCACUUUGGGAGGCCAAGGCAGGUGAAUCACGAGGUCAAGAGAUCAAGACAUCCUGGUCAACAUGGUGAAACCCCGUCUCUACUAAAAAUACAAAAAAUUAGCUGGGCAUGGUCGUGCGUGCCUGUAGUCCCAGCUACUCUGGAGGCUGAGGCAGGAGAAUUGCCUGAACCCAGGAGGCGGAGGUUGUGGUGAGCUGAGAUCGCGCCAUUGCACUCCAGCCUGGGUAACAAGAGCGAAACUCCAUCUCAAAAAAAAAAAAAAAGAAAGAAAGAAAUGCCCUGCCUAUUAAAUGAGCUCCCAGAAGGGGCAGAAGGACUCAUGGCUCUGCAGUUUUCUAGCCCUGGACAUCAGGCCAGGCGUGGUGGCUCACACCUGUAAUCUCAGCACUUUGGGAGGCCGGGACGGGCAGAUCACCUGAGGUCGGGAGUUCCAGACCAGCCUGACCAACAUGGAGAAACCCCGUUUCUACUUAAAAAAAUACAAAAUCAGCCUGGCAUGGUGAUGGCACAUGCCUGUAAUCCCAGCUACUCGGGAGACUGAGGCAGGAGAAUUUCUUGAACCUGGGAAGUGGAGGUUGCAGUGAGCCGAGAUCACGCCAUUGCCCUCCAGCCUGGGCAACAAGAGCAAAACUCCAUCUCAAAAAAAAAAAGAGUGGCAUCAGUUCCUGUGGGUUCUAGAAUCAAGAAGUGGCAGGUUGUGGUGGCUGAAGCCUGUAAUCCCGGCACUCUGGGAGGCCAACACAGGAGGAUUACUUGAGAUCAGGAUUUCGAGACCAGCCUGGGCAACAUAGUGAGGCCCCCAUCUCAAAGAAAAAUUAUAAAAAUUAGCACUUUGGGAGCCCGAGGUGGGAGGAUCACUUGAGGUCAAGAGUUCAAGACCAGCCUGGCCAACAUGGUAAAACCCUGUUUCUACUAAAAACACAAAAAUUAGUUGGGCAUGGUAGCACAUGCCUGUAGUCCCAGCUACUUGGGAGGCUUACAGAAGAAUUGCUUGAACCCAGUGGGGGUGGAGGUUGCAGUGAGCUGAGUUCAUGCCACUGCAUGACAGAGCAGGACUCUGUCUCAAAAAAAAAAAAAAAUAGAAAUUGUAAAAAUAAGCCAGGUGCCAUGGGUGCUUGCCUGUAGUCCCAGCUACUCAGGAGUCUGAGUGGGGAGGAUUGCUUGAGCCUGGAGGUCAUGGCUGCAGUUACGGUGAGCUUGGAUCAUGCCACUGCACUCCAGCCUGGGGACAAGACCCUGACUGUAAAAAAAGGAAAGAGGCCCAGCUCGGUGGCUCACGCCUGUAAUCCCAGGACUUUGGGAGGACGAGGAGGGCAGAUGACAAGGUCAGGAGUUUGAGACCAGCCUGGCCAACAUGAUGAAACCCCAUCUCUACUAAAAAUACAAAAAUUAGCCAGGCAUGGUGGCGGAUGCCUGUAAUCCCAGGCACUCGGAAGGCUGAGGCAGGAGAAUUGCUUGAACCUGGGGGGCAGAGAUUGCAGCAAGCCAAGGUCACGCCACUGCACUCCAGCCUGAACAGCAGAGCAAAACCUCAAAAAAAAAAGUGACAGAGAAGACCCCUCCAUGAGCCCUCCCUGAGCCAGGUAUAAUUGGUCGCUCCUUCCAGGGUGCUGGGCCCACUCACCUCUAACUUACUGACAAGAACAUGAAGCCUGAGCCACCUUGGAACUUGCGGUGCACAGCGGUGUCAGAGCAGGGACCCAAGGCCGUGGCCAAGUCCAAGGGGUUGCUGAGACCCAAGCCCUGUCCUGGACAGCUCCCCGACCCAAAUUCAGAGCCCUAAGUCCCAAGCUAUAGAUCUGGGGCUGGGCCACACUCCAUUUCCUCAUCCAUCAAGGGAUCCAAAUGACAAGCUCUGGGUGUGGCUUGGAGGCUGCCCUUCAGGUGAAAGGCAUUCAGUGACCAGCAGCACCUUGCUGGGUGUGAACAGGGCUGACGAUAAUUUCUCCUUCAGAGACAGUGGGAAGACUUCACGGGGGAGGAGGCUCUGAGCUGGGCUUUCAGGACAAGCAGGAUCCAGAAGGAUGGAGAAGGGAAAAGGGACAUUCCAGGCUGGGAGCAGGGAUGGCCUGUGCAAAGGCUGGGAAGUGGGGCCUGUAGGGUGACCCAGGAAAGAGGAACAGACCAGCCUGGCUUCCCAGACAAAGCUGGAACAACAUCGGGGUGUGGGUGGAAGGUGGCCCACACCUCGGAGCCGGGAGCCCAUGUGGCUUCCCUUCUGGGAUCCCCAAACCUUCACUGGGGUCCCAGGCAUACACUGUUUCCUGUAUAUGAGUUUACCCUCCAACAAAAGAAGGGCCCCCCACCUAUACAAGGUGAUACCUUGGGGGACCAUUUCAAGGUUUUUGGGUUUUUUUGAGACCCUGUCCUGCUCUGUCCCCCAGGCUGGAGUGCAGUAUUGCGAUCUUGACUCACUGCAGCCCCCGCCUCCCGGGUUCAAGCGAUUCUCCUGUCUCAGCCUCCUGAGUAGCUGGGACUAUAGGCGCCUGCCACCACAUCCAGCUAAUUUUUGUAUUUUUAGUAGAGACAGGGUUUCACCAUGUUGGUCUGGCUGGUCUCAGCCUCCUGACCUUGAGAUCCACCCGCCUCAGCCUCUCAAAGUGCUGGGAUUGCAGGUGUGAGCCACCGCACCUGGCCUCAAUUGUUUUUUUAGGUGAUACCUUGUGGGCCCAUUUCACUGUUUUUUGUUUGUUUGUUUGUUUUAAUUUUAGGUGAUACUGUGGAGGCCCAUUUCAAUUUCUUUCUUUUUUUUUUUUUCAAUUUCUUUCUUAAGUUGAUACCUUGGAGGCCCGUUUUGAUUUUUUUUCGUUAAGACUUAAGUUCUCGAUCUGUCACCCAGGCUGGAGUGCAGUGGUUUAUCCAAGCUCACUGCAGCCUCAAACUCCUGGGCUCAAGCAGACCUCCUACCUCGACCUCCCCAAGUACAGGGAUUACAGGCACCACGCCCAGCUCAGUUUUUUAACUUUUUGGAGGGAUGGGGCCACUGUGUUGCCCAGGCUGGUCUCAGACUCCUGCCUCAAGUGAUCCUCCCACCUCCACCUUUUAAAGUGCUGGGAUUACAGGUGCACACCGCCGCACCCGGCCCAGCUUCAAUUUCUCACCGUUCCCUGGGUCCUGUUUUUUCUUUUUAAGUGUUCACAGCCCAGUGAUCCCGCUCCUCACCGACCCCCGGCGCAGGCCUCCAGCCCUGCCCCGCCCACCUCCACAGCAGAAAUCGGAGACAAUACAACUUAU